CACAGAGACAGCGACCCCGAUCCUCCGCCGGAAUAAUCCAGGCCCUGCCUGGUCUUGGUGUAGAUACAGCAAAAAAAACGAUUUAUUAGAGCGUGUUAAAUUCCUUCUUCAAUAGCUGCUGUGCGCGCGCAACCUCACCCGCUAUCUCUCUCACCUACUCAACCCAUAAUCCCUAUCAUCAAUCGCAAGCACACCCCCGAGAAAAAAAAGUGUCACCACCAUCUGACCUUUUCAUAAUACACAAAAGCACAAAGCGACAAUCAAAAUGUCCAUCCCAAUCGCCACCAUCUCCUCCUUCCGCACGACCUUCAACCCUUGGGCCCGCAGCGCCCGCCCCUGCCGCCUGCUGCUCUCGCUGCUCCGCAAUCCCUCGACCGUCCCGGCCUCGAGCGGCACGCAUAUCGACAUCAAGGUGACGCAGCUACCGCGGCACUCGACGAAGCCGGCCGAGCUGGUGGUCGGGUUCAAGAACGGGAAGGAGGUGAGCAUCCCCAUCGCGGAGCGGGAGAUGCGGAUCGGGGAUGUCAUCGAGGAGAUUGCCCGCGUAGGGCGGGUGAUUGAGCGCGAGGAGACGUUGAAGGGCUGAGUUUAUUUCUGGCUGUCUGGAUUGGAGCGUUGGCUUGGUUGGGGGGGCACCGGGCGCGAAGAAUGAAGAGAGCAAGCAGGGAAGGUUAUUGCGCCGGAUAUCUUACGGCUCUGGAGGAUGUCGGGCUCAAUCCUGGUGGCUUCUGUGCAUCGUCUGUCCUUGACUCUUUGAGAUCUAGGGACGCGCGCAUUGUCAUUUGCGGCAUAAGUGGAAGUCAUCAGGACUUGUUUUCGCGACCUGUAUUAUCUAUCAUGUUAUUCACGGACAUGUGUAUAUACCAGCUAUUGAUUAUCAUUGUUCUGUUUUUUUACGCUUUUUUAUAGAUCAACCAUUUACAAUGUCCAACUGAUAUCUUUAAU